AUGACCACGGGGAAAAUUUAUUUUGCAACAACCAAUUUGAAAAAACUAAAUGAGGUUAAAGAGUUCCUCAAGACAGACAUAGAUCACAUGAGAAUUUCAAUGACCGAAAUCCAAGGGCCUUCAGAAAAGAUUGUAGAACACAAACUGGAUCAAGCGGCGCCCUUUAUAAACCCAAAGGAUGCAGUGAUAGUUGACGACACUUCGUUUUCUCUUGAAGCCUUAGGAGGAUUUCCCGGUGUCUAUGUGAAGGAUUUUCUCGAAAUAGGCACCCGGAAGAUUUGGGAGAUUGUAGAGAAGAUAGGGAAUAAAAGCGCCACAGCAGUCUGUAGCUUGGGAAUUGCCCAUUAUGAAAAUGGAGAAAUAGUCAAGAAGGUGUUUUCAGGGAAACUGAAGGGCUCUAUCACAGAGCCAGAGAAAGAUUGCAAAACAGAAUUUGGGUAUAUUUUCAUUCCCGAUGGAUUUAAUGGUGUCCUAAAAAAUAUGCCAACUGACGAGAAAAACAGGAUAAGCCAUAGGGGAAUUGCGAGUAGGAGCCUAGCUGCAUACAUGGCUUCAAAAGGGAUAAUUAAAACUCAUGGCCCCUAA